CGAAUCACGAAGCUUCAAAGCUGCCCACUAGGCCGCCCACCCCAUCCUCCUUCAUCAGGUACCAGGUACGGAGACACACCCCCCCCCACAGCUUGUUCUCCAUCGACACAAGCACUUGUCUCCAGCGGCAGCUUCCAGCUCUGCCUCAGUCCAGUCAUCCUGCCAGCAUCUUGGGACCGCCCGGCACCUCACUCCUGCACGAGGCAUAUACCUUAUUCGAGCAUAUCUCGAACAAGUCGUGUGGGCGAUCUCGCUGUCGCCUCUCCGUCCGACGGCGUAACUUCCAUUCCAAUGCUCGCCACUAGGACCUCCGACACCGAGAAUAGCCACUGGUCUUUCGGCAAAUACUUUUCAGCUCCUGGCAAAGCUUCACCCAGUCCACGCAUGUCAGACCAGUACGACUCCUCACUACCGACACAGCCAGACUGGCAGGGCCAGUAUCCCUAUCUUCCCCAGCCAGCUGGAUCUGCCUAUCCUGCGUCCGCCGAAUCGAAUCAUGCCAACUCGGGAGCAGUCCAUCCGCAGCCGGCGGUAGAGGGCGGAAACAUUCGACUGGAUGCCCAUACCGGAAGACAACCAACGCUGCCACCCAAUUUACGCCAUCCUGCUUACCGUGGAGGAGCUGGAGAGCACGGGCACCCCCAUCGGCCUGCCGAAUCAUCAGAGAGGAAUGAAGAUUCGAGAGGCAUGAAGACGGCACCCCUCUUGCUGGACGGAACGCCGAUGCCUAACAGAGCUACUGGCCGAGAACCUGCGCCCUCAACCCACAUCAACUCAGCUUCAGCUGCGACGAAAGGCUUGAAUGAUGCCUCUGACAGAUUUGAAUCAGAAGACCAAUCCGUGGCGGUUGCUAAAGACGAUGCGGAUGAUGCCUUGGGCGACGAGGAUAUAGCCGAAGAGGAGACAGACUCACUGUUACAGACUACGGCAGAGCGAGUGGCGGCGCGCAGAAAGAUGAAGCGCUUCAGGCUCACCCACCAGCAGACACGGUUCCUAACGAGCGAGUUCGCGAAACAGCCUCACCCUGAUGCUGCCCAUCGGGAACGGCUGUCCAGAGAGAUACCUGGACUAAGCCCUCGGCAAGUCCAGGUUUGGUUUCAAAACAGGCGAGCGAAGAUCAAGAGACUCAACGCCGAUGACCGUGACCGAAUGAUCAAGAUGAGAGCUGUUCCGGAUGAUUUUGACAACGUACAAGCCUUACACUCCCCUUACGGAGCUGUUCAUGGCAUGCCGAUGCCUCUGGCCGGCCCCGUGGAUUUCGCACACCACCCAUCGUACCCGAACAAUCCGAUCAUGAGGCCCCUAAUGGUAGACGUUCGGCGUCCAGAGGGAACAGACCAUCUAUCGCCCACCGGACUCACCCCUUCGUUUGGCAGUAUCGGCUUCCAUACGUCCAGCACAGUCAAUUCGUCUGGAGUAAUGUCGCCGAUAUCACCACAUUCGAGUGAGCGCUAUCCUCCUCAUGGUGGUGGCGUUGCGCACAAUUCUUUGGAGGCCCAUCGCCAAGGAGUAAGGCCACACCAAGCUUACAAUGGCCGAGAUCCGAUAUCCAGACCAAGAUCCGAGUCGCUACAGUCAUAUUAUAUGUAUUCAGGGGUAAAUACGCAGUCUAAUGUGCCUGAUCGAUCCCCACUGGUCUACCAGUCCGGCCAGAUGAGCCAAGCAACGAGCAGUAACUCGGCAGGCGUUGACCGGAGCCCGUACACAAAGUUACUCAUAGGCGGAAGCAAUACGCAGUCAUCGUCAACAGGUUUGAGCUAUCCAAACUUCCAGCAGACGCCUGAGAAUGGCUCUCGCCUUCGAGCUGCCUCAGCUUCGGGCCCGUUGCCACUGAAUACGACGGACCACUAUCGGCCUCUCCACUCUCCGCAGUCACAUAGCCAUCGGGCAGCCGGGCCGUCUGCUCAAUAUGGAGCUUCCUCAACGUACCAAGCCAGUUACGGCGCUGCUCCAUUGUCAGCACCGUUGACGCCUUCACUGGCAGCACCACAGGCGCGGACCCCGGUUGGACCGCCAAGUGUUAGGGACUACCAAGACUCGGUGGGAACUGCUGGAUUUUCCCAGACAUUGCAGAGCGGAUUGAACGGCCAUGGUGCUCGAACAGAAACCAGAAGCAUGUUUCCCAGCGGGACGUCGGACUAUGCAAACCAGCAGCAACGG